UUAUUUAUUUACUCAUUUUAAAUUUUUUUUUAUUCAUCUCAGUUUAUUUUCUUUUAAUUAAUCAUUAGUGAAGGUGUAGUUAAAGUCCCGGUCCACACUCCAGUCCAGUUGGUGGCGGUAAUGCACCAUGACGUUGAUACACAUCCGCCAUAAAACAUGAAGAAGAAGAAGAAGAAGAAGAAGAAGAAGAAGAAGAAGAAGAAGUCAUCUAUUGUUUCGCUCUUCUCUUUUAAAAGCAUCUCAAGCAGCAGCAGCGAGCCGUCAGAGCCUCUGUGUGUCCGGAUAAACCCGUCUGAACGGACUCUGUGCUGAAGGUUUCACCUCUGACUCAUCUCCCGGUAGCCUACAGAGCUACGGGAGUUAGCUUAGCAUGCUAGCUGCAGCAGCGCCGGGGACGGGAGUUAGCUUAGCAUGCUAGCUGCGGCAGCGCCGGUCAGAGCGGCUGUUUGACGGAGAGCAAACAGCGUUUCUGACGGAGUUUGUGGAGGAAAAGUUGGCGUCAUUGUGUGAAAAUGUGUAAAGUCCAGAUGCUGAGAGCGCUGGUGAAGCAGCGACUAACUGCGGCUGCUGAGGAGAUAUUUGGGCUGUUUGAAAGGACGAUAGCAGAGUACGAGGAGGAGCUUCGUCGUUCAAAAGAGGAGAACGAGCGACAGCGGGAGCUGCUGGCCGCUGUUUUCCAGCCUCAGCUUCGGCUGCACAGAGCAGUGUGUCCUGCAGACGUCCAGCAGCUGUCGCUGAGGAAAGAAGAGGUUCCCCCUGAGCAGCAGGACUGGAGCCCCAGUCUGGACCAGGACCCAGAGCCGCCACACAUUAAAGAGGAGCAGGAGGAGCUCUGGACCAGUCAGGAGGGAGAGCAGCUCCGAGGGCUGGAGGAGGCCGAUAUCACCAAGUUCCCAUUCGCUCCUGUCCCUGUGAAGAGUGAAGAAGAUGAAGAGAAACCUCAGUCCUCACAGCUUCAUCAAAGCCAAACUGAACAGAUGGAAACAGGAGCUGAUGGAGAGGACUGUGGAGGACCAGGACCAGCCAGGAACUCAGAUCCAGAUACACAUUUACAACCUGAGACUGAAAACGGUGAUGACGGUUGGAAGGAGACGAGAGACCCUCCGUCAGGUUUAAAUUUUCUAAAAAAUAGCGGCUAUAAUUCCUGUGAGAAACCAUUUCGCUGCUCCGAGUGUGGUAAACUAUUUAACCAAAACUCUAAUCUGAAGACACACAUGAGAAUUCACACGGGAGAGAAACCAUUCGGCUGCUCAGUUUGUGGUAAAAGAUUUGGCCAGAAGAUACAUUUGCAGAACCACAUGAGAUGUCAUACAGGAGAAAAACCUUACUGCUGUUCACUUUGUAACAAAUGUUUUUCACGAUGUGCACAUUUACAGUUACACAUGAGACGCCACACAGGAGAGAAACCAUUCAGCUGCAGCGUUUGUGACAACAGAUUCACUUGGCUUAAUCAACUCAAAACCCACCAGUGUGACGGGCGUCGGUCCUCGCAGCUUCAUCAAAACCAAACUGAGGAGGACAGAGAGGCAGAGCCUCCAGCCAGCAGCUCAGCUGGACAGAUGGAAACAGGAGCUGAUGGAGAGGACUGUGGAGGACCAGGACCAGCCAGGAACUAUGAUCCAGAUAGUCUUAAUGUGUCACAUGGACUGACAUGUAACUCAUUCAUUGGACAGUUCUGGUGAUGUCAUCCUGUUUUUGAUCCUGACGUCUUUAACUUUGUAAAAAUUUACAGGAAAAUCCACACAAGGGAUAAACAAUUUAGUCACUCAGCUUCAGUUUGUGGUAAAGGACUUGCAGUUAGCAGGUUAAUGAGCGAGUCAGUUGUUUCCUUUCUUCUUGAUUCAGUUGAUUUUAUUUUGAAUGUGAGUAAAUUUUCUUUAUUAUAA